AACGCAACUCCUCCCGUGGGCGCAUUUGCAAAUUUGAUUCACUCGUGUUUCGAAUCAGUUCGCGGUCAGGUCGUUGCCAUUGAACUUCUCUCGCCUUUUUCUCUCCAUCAGUUUUAUCUGCUUGGAGUCCCGCGUCCGGUGGUUAAUUUCGCGAGCGCAGUGAUAUCAGAACGUUCAAGAUGCCACACAAAACUCUAACAGAGAUCCUUCUGAUAGACUAUCGGUGGAUAAUUGUGGUGUUUUUCCUGUUACCGGCAUCAUUUCUGUACAAUUUGUUCUAUAGUGUUAGAAGUAAAAUAAUCUUCAAAUUGCACUCAGCACCGAAGCGACAUGAUGCUAAAGUGGCCGGCAUUCAAAAACAGGUCCGACAAUGGAAGGAGUCUGGAUCGAAGACGAAAAUGUGUACGGCACGCCCCGGCUGGCAAACGAUGAGCUUCCGAAAGCCUAUGUACAAGAAAUCAUCCUAUCAAAUCAAUUGCAACUUGGUGGACGUUCUGGAAGUUGACACCGAUCGUAAAGUGGUCCGCUGCGAACCACUCGUAAGCAUGGGUCAACUGUCGGAGACGUUAGCACCCCUGGGUUGGACCAUCCCAAUUGUGCCUGAACUGGAUGAUCUGACUGUGGGUGGAUUGGUCAUGGGAACCGGUGUGGAGUCCAGUUCGCACAUCUACGGCUUGUUUCAGCACAUCUGCCUAUCGUAUGAACUGGUACUAGCCGACGGAAGCGUGGUGAAGUGUUCUGAAACGGAGAAUUCGGAUCUCUUCUAUGCGGUCCCUUGGUCGUACGGAACACUGGGAUUGCUGACGGCCGUAGAAAUCAAAAUCAUUCCGGCUUCAACAUACAUUCGACUGCACUAUGAGCCUGUGGUUGGUCUGCAAAACAUCGUCGACAAAUUCGAAAGUGCCAGUCGAGACACGAAACGGAAUCAGUAUGUGGAAGGUCUGCUGUAUACUCUCGAUGAAGCAGUGAUCAUGACCGGAGAAAUGGUUGAGGACAGUGAGGUCGAGCCCGAGAAGAUCAACGAUAUUAGCAAGUGGUACAAGCCUUGGUUUUUUGUGCAUGUGCGGGAUAUUUUGAAACGUCGCGAAAAGACCUAUGAGUACAUCCCAUUGCGCGAAUAUUACCACCGUCAUUCUAGAGCUCUGUUCUGGGAAAUUCAGGACAUUGUACCCUUCGGAAAUAACGUCAUCUUCCGCUACCUGUUCGGCUGGUUGCUGCCCGUCAAAGUAUCCCUGCUGAAGCUCACCCAAACCGAAACGGUGAAGAAGCUGUACGAAAACAAUCACAUCAUCCAGGAUCUGCUGGUGCCGACCAGCACCAUGAAGAAGUGCUGCGAAGAAUUCGACCGCCUUGUGAACGUCUACCCGGUGUGGCUGUGUCCGUUCCUGUUGCCCAACAACCCCGGAAUGCUUCAGCCGGCCAAGGGAAUGGAAAGCGACCUGUACGUGGACAUCGGAGUGUAUGGAGUACCGAAGGGCCGCCGGUUCCACCCGGUGGACACGACCCGUGCGAUCGAAGACCUAGUUGAGAAGAGCAAAGGCUUCCAGAUGUUGUACGCCGACACGUACCGCAGCCGUGAGGAGUUCCGCCGCAUGUUUGACCACGGUUUGUACGACAAGAUGCGCCAGAAGUACCAAUGUCAAGAUGGCUUCCCCGAGGUGUACGACAAGGUCAACAAGAACGUUCGGGAUUAAAUGAUGACGGAACGCGAUGUUUACUGUUCAAUGUUCAUUUAUUUGUAGUGUUCAAUGUAAUACGUCAUCUCUUAAUCUGCUUGAUAUAUGCAUUGCAGUUUUCCGUGUUGUCAGCAUGCAAAAAUAUUUCGAUUCUGUUUUUGUGGAGUUUGAAUACGUUGUUCUUAAAACUACAAGCUAUUAUUGAAUCUAGGUAUAUACUUCAUUAACAAUUUUCAUACGAAGGACGAAUAGAGAGAUAGAUGGUUUGUCAAACGGUUGUUACGCGCUAACAAGUUCAGCUUCGGGUUCAAUUGAGAUGAACAGGAUUGAAACUGCUAGUUCGCAUAAAUUGAACCGGAAGCCGAUUCGUAGGAAAUUAAGUAGGUUAGUGUCAAUAAAUGCUUCAUACAAGAUCAAUCGAGUCUUUCAUUUGUUUUUUUUUUUCAAUCGAAUGCCUAUAUCUUUUGCUAGGUCGAUCACUUUUAGUCUUUUAUAUUCGUUCACAGUUUUGCUUAUUCGUCUCUUGUUCCAUCUUUGUGCCCAUUCUAAAAUAUAUAAAUCCUUUGAUUAUUGUUAAAACUGUUGUUAUCUCUGAGAUGAUUGGCAGUUCCGUUUUCUGGAUGGUCUUAUUUUAUUUAUUUUGUUGUGUUUGUAAUUUUUACGUUUGUACACGCGUUUGAAGAUGUUCAUGUUGAUCUUGGGGGGUCCGAAACAGAGGAACAAACUCAUCUAUUGCCGUUCUAAGCUUCAACUGGCCCAUGUGAAAAACGUACAACUGAGAAAAAAGCUAUCAAAAUUUCAUAAGGUUUUGCUCUUUGAGGCAACAUGGCAUAACAAAAUGAAGUUGAAUUUUCACAGUACUGUUCUUAAAAUUCUUGGAGUAACUUUCCAACUAUAACAAAGGUUGUAUGAAUAAAAAAGUUGAGAACUUUAAUACUUGGUAUCAGGCCCGGAUUAAGGAUUGUGGGGGCCCGGGGCCCGAGCGGAUGAUGGGGCCUCUCGGAGAGAUGACCAAAAAUGUUUUUCCUUGUUUUCGAACAGUACUUGAGCAAUAUGAAAAAUAAAGCUAAUGUUAGCAACCAAAAAAGGUUUUUGUGGGGGCCCCUAAAAUGUGGCCCCCCUUAGAUCCGGCCCUGCUUGGUAUCCACUCAGAAGUAAAAUCCACAGAGUUAACUAAAUUGUUGGUAUGAAUAAAAAAGUUUUCAAACAUGUACCUAGUGUUUGCUUCUUCCGAACAUGAGCUUUUGUGAAACUCCUCGAUCCAGCAGAUUUUUCCGACAAGUCGGUUAUUCCCAUAAAAUACAACAAAUCCGCGUGAAUAAGUUCAGGCAUAAGUAUAGAAUAAGCUUUAAGCACAUUUAAGUUAAAACACACUAGAUUCUUCUGGAUUUCUACCGGCAUUUUUCCAAGAUUCUAGCCACCCAUUCCGGAUGUCUUCCUUGAGAAUCUUCCAGGAUUUCUGGGUUUUCCUGGAGUUUCUUUUUGCAGGAUUUCUUCAAGAGGUCCUUGCGAGAUUUAUCUCGGAGUUAUUUUUGUGUUAUCUCCAAGAAAAUUUGCUAGGAUAUCUUCCAUGAUAUUUCUCAGAUGUUACCAUGUUUUUGAAAUUUUAUUUGGUACAGUAAUGUUCCGAUUUUAUCACGCCCUUUGCAUGUCAGUUACUCCCAGAGUUCUUAUCGAAAUUUUACCAGAACAUUUUCUACGAAUACCUUCUCGAAUAAGCUACGAAAUUGAUCGUGAGAAAUUCCUGCAUUUUUUUAAGGAGACCAGGUAGAAUUUUACAAGAAAUUCCGACAAGAACUGUUGGAGAAAUUCGAGAAAAACUUCGUAAGGAUUAAGGAAUCCUAGAAAAACUAGAACAUCUUGAAAAAAGGUCUGCGAGUAAUCUUGGGUAUUGGGACAUUCCGAGAGGAACUCAGAAAACCUCUACGAAAAAUCCUAUGGAACUAGGAGGAAAAUCCCGCGAGGAACUCCAAUAGUAAGCUCGGAAAGUUCUUUGUAAGGAAUCUUGGGCUGACCUUUUGCCGAAGUCUUGCAAAACUCGGUGGAAAAACUGUUGGAAACAUUUUGGAAGAGCAAUGCCGAAAAAACCUCUGGAAAAAAUCCCGGGAAGUGCUUCUGCAGAAACGUCGUGAAAAACUCCUCUGGUAGUAAUCCCAGGGACAAUUGCCCUGAACUUGUAAAUAAGCCUUUAAUGAUGUGCAAAAAAGACAGCGCUAGUGCUAACUUUGCGGGAUGAAUAUUGUGUUUUCAAAAUAUCUGAUAAUUUUCACGCGAUUUGAGCUAAAACUGUACUUUAUUGACUGAAACAAACAAAACGGUUAAUCAGACCUGGUAUGAUGGUUUCAUGACGAGGACCUGAGAUCGAAUCCCACUAAGUUGGCUCUAUAAUUGUUCAAUCUUCGUAAGUUGCGUCAGUGAUUUAUAUACUUCAACACGGAUUCAAACUUCUUAAUUUUUUUCAAUUUGAACAUGUUUUACGAAAUGUUGUGAUUUCUUGUCAGAAUUUCGUUACCGGAGCUUGAUGGAAGUCCCUUCGUAACAUGUUUAAAAAUAUCUAUUCGUUCUUAUGCACUGUACCUGAUUUCGAAGUCAACAGUAGAUGAAAACGGUAGCUGGAGACAUUUCUGAAGGAAUCCUUAGAAAAAUAUCAAGUGAAGAACAACUUGAAAGAAUCUUGAGAAGGAUUCCUGGAGGAGCCUGGAUAAAUCUCUAGAAAAACCUCUGUGGAAAUCCCAAGUUGGAUACCUAGAUAAAUUAUUGGGGAAUCUAUGGAAUAAUCUAUGAAAGUAUCCCUGUAGAAAUCCCUAGACCAAUCCCUGGAAAAUUCCUAGAGGAAUCUCAUGAAGAUUUCUAGACCAAUCGCAGUAGGAAUAACUCGAGUAAUCCUAAUAAGAAUUCCUGGUGAAAUGCCAAGAGGAAAUCCUGAAGAAAUCUCAUGAUGAACGAUUUUUUCGAGGAAUUCUUAUCAAAAUUACAGGAAUGAUUGUUGAAGGGAUACCAGAAGGGUUUCUGGGAGUAAUCCCAGCAGGAACUCCUGAAGGAAUCUCUGGACACAUCCAUAGAGGACUCCGUAGAAGAAUUCUCAGAAGAAUCUUGUAAGAGAUUUCUUCGAAUUUAUGGAAAAAUCACUGAAAAAAUCCCAAUACAAAUUCCCGAAAAAAAAAAUCUUGUUUAGAAUCACAGGAAGAGUUCCUGGUGGAUUCUGUGGAGAAAUAAAUGGAGAAAUUUCUAGAGAAAACCCCAGUUCAAGAGGUAGGCUUCGCCCUCUUCAUAUAAAUUCCAUUUUUUAUGUAUGAAGUGAUUAGAGCAGAAUUUGUGAAGGGGGAGAAGUCUAGAGCUUUUACUCUAUUGCUGUAGAAAUCUCUGGAGCUAUCGUUGAACGAAUCUCUACUGAAAUCUCAUAAAUUAUUGUUAGAGAAAUUCCUGGGAGAAUUCUUGAAGGAAACGCAGCAGAAAUUUAUUCAUAAAUCUCAACAGAAAUUCCUGAAGCACUAUCAGCAGAACUUCCUGGAAUAAUUACAAGAGAAAUUCCUGGAAAAAACUCAUAAGAAAUUCAUAAACAAAAUGCCCUGGAUAUUUUUUUUUUUUUGAAAAAUCAUUGGAUAAAUGGAAUUAGUCUAACAGUAAUGACUUGAAGAAUUGCAGCACAAAUUACCGAAUAGCUUCCAACUACCACAGAAGACCGAAUGCACAAAAGGUCGCAUAACGAAUGGCCGAAUCACGAAAGAUUUGAUCACAAAGAGUUAAAAUAAUAAAAAGUAAUGUCUGGCUAAUUUUUGAAAAAAAUGUCAGGAAAAAAGUCUGAAACGAGUGAAGAAUUAAUUUAUAGGGACAGAAGACUGAAAUUACAGAAGGUAGAAUACAUAAAGCUAAAUCUCGAAAAGCUGAAAACAUCAAAAAGCUUUUUUUUAGUUUUUAUUAAUGUGUAUUUUAACUUAAAUGCUAAUUCUACACUCGGUCAAAUAGCUGAAAAACAUGAUAUAGGGCUUAAAAAGUGAUUCUGUUAGAUUUCAAACUCCGUCCACCCAAGUACAGCCGUGCUAAAGACGACCCCAACGAUAACAAAUUGCUAUAUUGAACGGCUACAAAAUUAGGGCAGUAUUUUUCAAAAAUAUAGCGUUUGUCUCUGGGAAAAGGGGAAAGUCGACAAUGAUUUUUCAUAAGGGCCUAACUGACUUGAUCGAUUUCUCUUCAUCGACUCUCUCUUUCGCUAAUAACUUGAUCAAAACAAACAAAAUCAUCAUUCUUUUUGUUUCUAUAGCAACAUGUAGUCGUCUUCUUCGCAUUUCAACCAAAAAAUCUUUGGAAAACUCAAUACACAUUCUGUGAUAACGCAAAGAGAGGAUCGAUGAAGAGAAUUCGAAAAUGUCAGUUAGGCCCAAAUGAAAAAUCAAUGUCGAAGUCUCUGAUCAUGCUGUUAACUCGAAAGAACAGCUCAUAUCGAAAUAAGGAACAUCUCUACUUGUGCGUUCCGUUAGUAGGUAGGUAUGUUAUAUUACUAAUAAAAAAUACCGUUUACUAGUCAUAAUGCAACAACUUUGUUCAUGAAUUUUAUUACUUUCAGCUUUUUCAAUGUUCAGCCCUUUGUAGUUUCACCUUUAUGUCACAAUCUAUAAUUUCAGUCUUUUGUGCCCAACCUUAUGUGCAUUCAGUCUUGUGAAAUUCAACCUUAUGUUAGCAUCUCAAUCAACUUUUCUCACUCAUAGCACUGAACCCCAAUAACAUGAAAUUCGAUCUUCAAGCAAUAGUGUACGUACAUAUGUAUAUUUUUUCAAGUAAAACUUGUAUAAUUUGUUAUGACAAAUAAAAAAUUGAAAUGUUUAACACUUGUCCAAACCAUUGGCUUUACCCAUAAUGCCUUUUUUUUUCUUUUAUACUUAGCCAAACACAAAACGAACGAAAAGCAAACUGAAAAACUUGAAUUUAGCUUUCCCCUAGUACACAAUACGAUGUGUACACCAUUUACAGGAUAUCAUACACAAGUCAGAUCGAAUAAUAAUAAAA